CUUGGCAGCCGGCAGUCCGCGAUACACCGGCGUAGCGGGCGCACGGGUACUAGAGACAUGGACAACCAACCCAACUUGCUGUACCUCUAGCCUGUGACAUACGCCGUUCUGUCGUAUGUUAUGUGUGAAUAAUGUCUUUCCGUAGGCUCAUCAGCGCCGUACGGUACGCGCGGGAGGCUUUGAACCGAGGCGCCCCUAUGGCCGACGGAAUCCUAAAGUCCUUAAUAUCAGUUAUAGUCAUAUGUUGCAUUGCGGUUUCUUCCCCACAAAGUGCGUCCGCGAAACCCUUCGCUUUUACCUUCCCCGCGAGCUGGUCUCUCGCUGGGCUGGUCGGGACGGUGGGAGCGAGGUCUGAGGACGCGGACAGAAGGGAGCCGGGAGUGAAGCCGUACACGGGCAGGAGAGUCAGCAACGAGACUCUUCGCAUGAUCUACUUCCAUGAUCAGACUGUCGCUGUGGUGGAGCUCGGAGAAGACAAGCUGCUCCUCAACUGUGAGCUCAUCGAGACUUAUGAUGAGGAAGACACAGGCCGUCUCCUCCGGCAGUUGAGCAGGAUCAACAGGCCGCUGGGCGUCAGCUUCCCGCAGAUGAUCAGGCUCAUGGGGCAAUGUCAACAGGUGGAAGGAGUGGAAGCGGGCGAGGGUGAGAGCAGCAAGCGCGAGGGGUGGCGGGAGCGCGGCGCGGCGCACGCGCGGCUGCAGGCGGGCGGCGCCCACGCGGGCCUGUUGGGGGGCAGUCCGCUCUCUCUGCUACAGGGCAUCAUACCGGGUACAAAAUGGUGCGGCACCGGUGACAUAGCGGCCGACUACCACGACCUGGGAGCAGACCGGUCCCUCGACCGCUGUUGCCGCACGCACGACCUCUGCCCCAGCAAGGUCCGCGCCUUCUCUCGCCGCUACAACCUCACCAACAACUCGCUCUACAGCAAGUCGCACUGUACAUGCGACGACAUGCUCUUCGACUGCCUGAAAACCACCAACACAUCCGCCGCGCACCUCAUGGGCCACAUCUAUUUCAAUAUAGUUCAAGUUCCAUGCUUAGAAGACUAUACUACUGGUAGACGAUUCAGAGAAGCUAAACAAGGCUUUUAACGCCAUCUAGCGUCGAGUAGCUGAACUAAAAAGUGGUUUGUGAAAAAGCGCCAUCUAGUAGUUACGUUGAUUGUUUGCACGGAUUUAAAUAAAACGCUGUAUAUUUUGCAUUUAUAUAAAUAAAAUAUAAAACUGUGUUGGCGUGUUUAUGUGUAAAUAAAUAAUUGUAAAGAAUAUAAUUAACGUAAUUAAUGAUAAAAUACACGUUAAACCUGUGAUAUGUCUGUGCCUUGAAUUGUUCUUUAUUGUAUAUUGAUUAGAAGAUGGCGCUAUAGCAUUUCACAUACCUACCUACCUAAUUAAAAUUUUAUUAGUGAAUUUGUUUUAAAAUAGUGAAGUAAUUAUUUAUUUGUCCUAAUAAUUAAGUUAUCAACUGUGAAUUAACGAUUAACAGUAAAACGUUUAACUAAAUAGAAAUUGAUUGUUUCGUAAAAUAAUGUAAUAGCACUAUGAAUAAUGUAUGUAAGUAAUAAAUCGCUAUAAUUUCAAAUCUAAGGAUUACCAAAUACAACUGUUUAUUUUAUUAAU